AUGCCCCUCUCGACUGCCAACUUCACCACCACCGCAACCCAUGUCAUCCAAAGUGACCACCCGAUCUCCCUCCCCGAUCCGUAUAUGCUAGGACCCUUCGACCACCUCUACCACUUCGCAACCCCCGUCAACGCCGUCCGUCUCCUAGACUACUACCUCCACCUAACUGGCCGACUGCGCAUCGAUCCCGCGACCGGCGUCCGGUCCAUGACCCGACUCGGCACCGGGAUCCAUCUCUCCGAAGCCCACUGCGACGCACCUCUUCGCUCUUUCGCCCGCAGCCCCUCGGCACCAGACACAGAACUCAGCGUAUUCGACUUUCCCAACGCAGGAAACCCGCUGCUCGCGCCAUGGGACCUGACCCUCGAAGGCGCGCAGCGCGAUCCCGUCCUCACCAUCCAACCUUGGGAUCCUCCGUCUCCGGCACCAGCCCUGCCCGAACGAACCUUCGGAAACACGGUCGUAACCCCCGUGAUAGAGCUGGAUUCAACCGCGUUGACGCAGGCACCCCUCUGGCAGAUCGCGGGGCUCAUCAACGACCGCAUCCGACACGUCUCCCCGGCGGAGGUGCGUCAACUGGGGAGGUGGAUCGCCGCGCAGCCCGACACGUCCCGGAUCCAGCUGAACUUUCCAGUGGUGGCGGCGGCCCCGUUCAUCGCGACGGGGUGGCAUCGGUUUCCGCUGUACGCGGGCGCGGAGAUGGAUGGCGUGGCGCCUUCGCUGGCUAGUCCGGUGUUCAUGGACGCGUUGUUUGAUGGGAUGGUGUUUUUUGUGGAACCGAAGGUCAGGGAUGGUGGGGUGGAGGCGGUGGCUUCGCUGCGGAGGUCGAUCUAAGCGUGUUUGGAGCAGGAU